AACAUCUGGUCACCUUACUGAUUUGAUUUGAUUGAUUUAAAUGGUCCGAGUUAGCAGGACUUGCUAGAGCCAUAGACUAAGGUUACAGGAAGAUUCAUAUGUAUGUACAAACAAACGAAACUACGUAUUUUUCAAUACAAAUUAGUUGCGUGAGAUACAUAUACGAGCUAGGAUGUCACACUUUCGCCCGGACUUCGGUAAUUCGCACUUUUUCGGCCGGUGCAGACCAUGCGGACUCGAUAGAGUAAUUCUGUAGGGUGUUUCUACAUUAUUUUUCAUAAUUUUUCGCCUCCUAUAGUUUUUCCAGGAUGCAGAGGAGAAGCAAGUGGAUGCACGCUCCACCGAGAGAUCCACCAUGCAGUGCCGUCAGCACGUGACUGUCGAGUGAUGAUGUUGCAUCACUCUCGGGCUGUCGGGCUGUUGACAAUUUGCAGGAGCUGACAAACUUAUGGCGAUGAUGCUCCGUCUAAAAUGACUGUCACAGACUUGUUUCAGCGAUUUGGCAGUGGUCAUUUCAGCUGUCAUGACGAACAUCGUGAACCGAGGCCUAGGAGGUCAAGAGACACAAUGUCUACGUGACAUCAGGGAGAUGGAGCUAGGAAUUCCCUCUACAAGUCUUCACAGGGUCGUCCAUCACGAUAUGGACUUCAGCAAGAAGUCAGCUCAUGACAACGCUCCUGCCCACACAGCCACCCGUCACACUGCAGUUUCUUGCACAAUCGGGUGCCAUGGUUUUGAAGCCUCCAGCCUCACCAGACCUUGCCCCGUGCUAUUUUCAGUUGUUCCCGAAGCUGUUCUGAGUGGAGUGAACUUCGAAACACGAGAGAAACUAUUGCUGGAGUGAAGGCAAGGCUAAAAUUGAUGCUGAAAUCGGCGUUUUGGGGGUGUUUUCAAAAAUGGAUCUGUGAGGCCGAAAAAUUUAUCAGAUGAAAAAUGGACGCUGUUGGAAGUAAUAUCGCCAAUGUACAGGCCUGACGAGAGGGAGGGUUACAGGUGGGUCUGGUGUACCCGGAACUGUGGCUGUGAAGGGGGCCCAGUGGCCCUUGGUCAGUAGAUUUGUUUCCUUCUUCUUUUCCUUUCAAAGAAAGGUUGAUGUAACAUUUCUCACUCUAGGGCUUUUUUCUAUGGAGCGGGGGUACUACGACUUUAAUUUUUGUCAGUUUUCUUCAUUUACUAACCACUCACGUGUAAACAACUCGAUCUAUGUUCAUGUAGUGAUGUAGAUCCUAGUGCACUUUGCUCUGCAUCAUUACUUGUUCACACGUGAGUGGUUCAAACAUGAGGACAACGGAGUUCAUCUGUAUAUAUAGUCUGAACGGAAAGCUAAUUGUUGCUCUCUAUUGACAGAAUAUUUGAAAUUGGUUAUUAAGAGAUAAUGCUUAUUAAGAUUUAUAUAUACACCUUUCUUGCUUGUUAGAUGCAAGUGGUUGAGUUAGCAGUGUUGUAAAACUUAACAAAAUAUGUCAUUGCGGGAGCUGUUCCGUGACAGUCCCAUCAUCUACAGUCUUUAUCAUGUCACAGUCACGCUUGGUCAGGUCUGUAGGUGGGAAGGCAACGGAAAAAAACUGAGAGGAGAAGCUUGCCACUUUGAUUGUGUGGAAGGAAGGAUUUGUGUGCUGGCGAAUGUAAAUCUGAUGAGUCCUGAGACAGGUCACGACAAUCAUGAAUAGUAAUAUGUAAGUCAAUCUAAGCCUAUAUGUUUAUUGUUUAAAUUUUGAGUUAAGCCUAAACAUAAUUAUUCCAAUAAUUGUGUUGAUAAAUGGUUCACCUUUUUUUGGGGAGGCACGCAGUUUUGUCUGUCGCCUAUAGAGCGCACCACAGCCUCGCGCCCACCUGACUGAAGACAUCAAAGAGCGAAUUAAACAAGACCACAGGAAGAUUUAGCGGGGACUAGCGCAAGACAAAAUAGGUCAAAGGUCACAGGCGGCUGCUAGGCGACGCGUCUACAAUGGCGACGUAGUGCAGCCCUGAAGGGAAGUUACAACGCCGAUUUGAAAAGAAGUUCAAGGUUUUUGUGUUUAUUUUGACAUAUGCAUCAAAUAAAAAUAAUAAGUAGAACCAUAAUUACCCAUGAAAUUUGUUUUUUUAAGUAUAUUUAUAUAGUUUAGGUGUUUCUUUAAAUAUUAAAUGUUGUCUCUUAGCGGAAGCAAUUACAGGUGACGCGGACUGGAGGAUCUUCAUCUACAAAGCAAAAUGGCGGAGCUUGAGAGCAGUCUCACAGCCAUGGACUGGUUGCAUCGUUUGAAAGUGGGUGGCGCGAUGUCAGGAGGAAAUUUGGUAGGAACAAGUGCAACGGGAGAUAGCUUAUCAAAAACCCAGAAUGGGCAGCUAGCUUUGAGGAAGGCACCAAACUCUCCUCAUGACCCAACAGCAACGUGGGAACAGAGUCAGUCCCAGUUAAGGACGGGAAAACCUCCAUACAGCUACGCCAACCUCAUUACCUUCGCCAUCAACAGUUCACCUCAAAAGAAGCUGACUCUGAGCGAAAUUUAUCAGUGGAUUUGUGAUAACUUCCCUUAUUAUCGUGACGCAGGGAAUGGCUGGAAGAAUUCCAUUCGUCACAACUUGUCACUCAGCAAAUGUUUCCUUAAAGUACCACGCUCCAAGGAUGACCCAGGCAAAGGUUCUUACUGGAUUAUUGAUAGCAAUCCACCAGAAGACCCCCUGCCAGUGAGACAUCGUAAACGUCGGCCAAAUGAAAGGACUUCCCCCUACAGUCCAGAAGUGGGUCCACCCGUCAUGACUGCAGUCCAGUCUCCAACAUUAGCUGCCAUCAAUGUACAAAUCACCACAGAACACCAAGAAAAGCCAGAGAUUUGCUUGGAUGGAACAUCCAUUAAUGACGAUCUCAGCAGUUCAUUUCUUCAUUUGUACAAAUCUGUCUUCGAAAAUUCUACUGGGAAUUUAAAUGCCCUCCUGAACAGCAGUGAAACUUGCGACAGCAACCAGAGCAAAGAGCCCAAUAAAAUCCAGCGCAGACUGCUGGAAGCCGACUCGCUACGUCCAAUCAAAAGUGAAGAUGUCUGUCUUGGUCCCCCGCCCUCCAGCAUUCUCAGCAUGUCAUCCGGCCUUCUGCACAAUUUAGACAGUCUGAAAGAGAGUAUGCGGCUGGCUGGUGCUGGAAACUAUGACUGGCAGAGCAUUGACAUGACCCAUUUCCAAGGUCUGAUGGACACAAUCAAGCAUGGAGAUCAAUCCAAUGUAACAUCUGUCAACUCAGAACAGCUGAUUGAUUUGGCAUCUUCUCUAAACAAUUUUUUCAGUCAGGUUGGCUCCCUUACAAGCCACAGUCAAAAUGGAAGUCGUUUUGGAACAGCAGAAUCUCCCAGUGAUUGUCUCACAGCAUCCACCAGUGUCCUGACACCCAUCACACAAACUCAGGCAGGAGAGAGCUACCACUCAGAUCAGCCAUCAUCAGCUGUUCGACCUAACUUUCUGCAUGGAGAUGAUAUUGAUGAUGACUUUAACUGGGAUAAGCUCCUUUAAAAAAUAGUUUUAGGGCCUCAGGACACAUUUCAAGAGAAAACAGAAAGAAAUUCAGGUUUGAAUGACUGCAGCUACGACAAGUUCCUAUGAGGAAUACUUGCAAGAGACAAGCCUGUUAUUAAGGCUCAUGUUGAAGAAAAAAAUCUUGGAGAAAUUUUUAUGAUGAAUGGAGGGAUGUUUUACUGAGAAAUGCUUUAGGAUGUGAAGCAUCUCACCUCAUGGACAGAUGGUGUGAAGAAGAGCAGAUUUGCCACAAAUAUGGAAGACUGCUCUAGCUGAGGUAAUUGCUACCAAUUGUUCACUUUCUGGGAGCAAGCAUGUCUGUUUAUAAAUGAUGAAGCUAUCUGAGGUGUAGUCAGCUACAAAUUAUUAUGGAUGGCCUGUUCUUUGAGUCAGCAAGGUGCCUGCAAAAAGGGUUCUGAAAUAAAGCAUGCAAAAAAUGGGAUCAGGGUGUUUCCAUAUUCCCCACGUGAAAGGUACUGGAACAGGAAGGUAGUCAAUAGGUACUUCCAUGAUAUGGUGCCAGUCUACAUCAUCUGGGACGUAGACCUGAGGAUCUGCAUCAGCUGCAUUUACAAGUCAUAAGAGAUUGUGCAGCAACAAAUCAGGGCAUCUUCCAAAAUGAGGAGAUGCCUUUCCAGUCUCAGCAACUUCCUGGGCUUGUUCCUGCACCAGUCACCUUGCUGUGUGAGGACGGCAGCAACAGACAAAUGCCAGCCUUGUGCCUGUCCUUGGCUUGUCAGCCUGUACUCUAUGGACAUGAUACAAAGUGUACAAGAUGUGUCACCUUAACCUUGCUUGGUGAGAACAGUAACAAGGCUGGUCUGCCUGUGGUCUGUGGUGUGCAACACGAACACCAGUGACUUUAACCUUGCUGGGUUACAACAGUGUAUCUGUAGUAGUUUAAAGUAGUUGAUGACACCAAUUACCUGACUAAAUGAGGAUUAUGUUGCAUACCUACAUUAUCUCAGGUGUGAGUGCUGACAAGUGCAGCCCUUUCACAUAUCUUAGUAAUAUGAAGACAAUUUACCUGUGGUCUCUUAUAAGUGCUGACAUGUUCAGCACUUUCACCCAGUUAUCUUGCAGGGUGAGAACAUUACCUGUGAUCUCCUAUUUAUUGGUAUUGACAUUAACACCUGUUGCCUGUACCUUAUGAGGUGAGAACAUUACCUGUGGUCUCUCUUGCACAUUUGUUCACAAGUAUAGUUCUACUGUCUGUGACUUUCAUAACUGCAAGCCAUCCUGUGAACCUACUUACAACUUGUGGCAAUGUGUGUGAUGUAGAUAUAAUUGUUCCACAUUUUGAUGCCUGCUAUGCAUUUUUUUUUUAAAUUAACUGUAAAAUUAUAGGAAAGUUUACCAUUAGGCUAUGACAGUCAUGUUGAAAGUUUAUAGUGUUUUGUGCCAAUAGACUUUACUUCUUAGGUUGGAUGCAGGCAUCUGUGCUCUGAAAAAUGAUCUUUCAAGGACAGUAAUGUGUUUCUUGGCACUGGGCGUUUUUGUUGCAUAAUAGAAGUGACUGAAGUUAUUUAUUUAUAAAAGCACUACUUUCAAUAAAACUUGUCAAACUAUACAAUCAUGCAGAGGCGGUAGAUAAGUUUUAGUGGCAGGCCUUGACAGAAAAAAAACUUUGAGAGAUGUGAUGCUCUAGUGAGGUGUGUAGUUAAAUAAGAGAUUUGUACAAGAUGCAUGUGUGUGUGGUUAAAUAGGAGAUGUAUGGUCUGGUGUGUAGUUAAAUAAGAGAUUUGUACAAGAGAGGUGUAAACAAGAGAUGUAUGUGUAUGGUCUGGUUGUUUACAAGACAGGACUGUAUGAUUUAAGAGGUAUGAAGUCUAGCUACAUACAAGAAGACUGUGUGAUUCAAGAGAUGUAUAUACUAGUGAGAAGAAAGAGAUGUGUUCUAAGUGAGAAACAUGUGGCUCUAGAUAAGAGAUUUGAAUCCAGAUAAGAGACAUGACUCUACCUAAGAUGAAAAGAGAGCAGAUGAGAGAGAGAGGUAACUGUGAAUAACAAAAUGUGCCAUGGCAAUGUGAGGCUAAGCUGUGACUUAGUGCUGUGCGCUUUUAGACAGCUACAGCAGGGGACCUGGAGGUACUAACCAUGAUACAAAGGUACAAAAAUCUUUGUGCUUCUGCAGGUUUAAUGGUCACUUUGCAGUUAACAUGUGAGGUGAAAGAUGGGAGGUGGGAGUCCCAUAACAUUUUGGUUGCUGGGGACUGCAGUGUUAGAAACAGCAUUUAUCUCCAGACCAUGUAUUAUUUUGUUUAGGCAGGAACCAUCUUUUUUCCAAAUGCUUUGUGAGUGUGAUGACCAGUUUGUGAGUACAAUGACCAUUUAUUUUGUGAGUGCGAUGACCAGAUAUUUUGUGAGGGCAGUGACCAUCUCCUUUCCUUUACUGCCAUACCUUUUCCAGUUUCAGUCAGUUAGAGGAAGUACACUGUGCCACCUGAGUAUCAAACAGACUAAUGCAUGCACCUCCAGCCUCAGAUGCCGGCUAGGUGUGAACUGAUUGCAUGGUACUGGAAUAGCAUAUCUUUUGUGAGAUUUUCUUAAUAUCUUGUACAUGUUUCACAAUGUAGCAUAAAUUCAAACAAAUGCACUUAAAGUACAGGAGGAAAAGUGCAGGGCUGUACAUAAAGAAGGUGAGCACUGAUCAGCUUACCUGUCUUCAUUAGGUGUGAUCACAAGUAAUACUGGACAAUGCACCUCUGGAAUUAAGAACUGUGUGUGUGUGCUUUGAAAUAUUAACAAUACUUUUAUGUAAAUGGGUACCAUUUAAACCCAUUGCUGUAUAUAUAGAGAGGGAUAUAAAAGAUAGUCUUUGUAUUUUAAGGGUUUUUUGGUCUUCUCUAUGCCAUCUCCUGUAAAUCACAAGGUGACCAUCACUGAUGAUACAAAGCAGUGUCAGUUGAAGUCUGUAGCUCAUCAGUACACAGUUCAUCAUGGUUGUGACACUAAUGAUAAGCGUGCUUCUACCAGUGUGUUUGACUAGACAUGGGCAGUGUCAGCUGAAGUCUGAUGAAAGAUGUAUCUCAUCAAUACUGAGAUGUUCAUGGGUUAUGGCACUAACAACAGGCAUGCUUCUGCCAUACAGCAGAAUUGUUUGACUAGACACAAGUUUAGGUGGCCCGAAAUCCCAUAGGGGUCAUAUUGUUCUGUAGCUGUUAGACAUUUUGCUUAAGUUAAAGUGGUACCUCAUUAGAUUUGCUGAAAGAAUGUCAUUGUUUAUUCCCAGGGUACAUCUCAAUUCAUUGAAGAUCUAGAUGCCGGAUGUACAGACAUGACAUUACAUCAAAUGGAAGUUGUUUGUGCCAGCGUAAAUUACCGGUGUUUUGUUAUGUAACUUGGGAACUGUAUGUUGGAUCAUGAGUUACAGCUCAUGGCUGUUUUUCCUUUGGACUCACAAGUUUGCAGCAUGUAGUUGCUGUCAUUGUAGUGACAGCAGAGCUGGGCAGAAUCAUCAUUGAUUUAUACUUCCACUCAUUAAAUGGCAUAAUCAUUUUAUAGGCAUGAUUUAUCAUCAAUUUACAGUCUCUAGAUGGAUUAGUUGCUUAAUAGUCAUAAUGAUCUGUCCCUACAAGUUUUGAGCCUGCUCAUGGAACAUUAUCUUUUAUUUAUAGUUUUGAAGGUGCAGAUGGUUGAGAUCACCUACAUGACUGUUAGAUGUGGUGGUACUGUGUUAUAUGUGACAGUGCUGCUCCUCUGUUUUGAGAAUUUGUUUUGUAAAUGCACUCAUAUUCCUUUCUCACCCCUCGAGUCACCACAAAGAGAUGGUUGUUUGCACAAAUAUGAUGUCUUUUGUUAACUUUAUAUUUUUGUGAUGCAAACUUUCUUGCCUCACAAGUGAAUUGUUAUAAAUCAAAAUAAAAGGAAAGAUGAGCAGUAGCUAUUUAUCUUUCAGUAAUGAUGCAAUCAUGUUUAGUUAUGAUACAAUUGUGUUUUGAUUUUCCCUCUGACACAAAGAGCACUUCACACCAUAUUACAACCUACAACUAGAAUCUGGAAGGAAUCCUGAUGACAGAAGCAAUCCUCUGUGCACUGAUAUGAUAUGAGGAGUAAACUACACUUUGCAUUACAGUGGUAGAAAAGUAACGGUGUGUCACAGUAUUAGUAAAGUUACACUGUGCAUCGUAAUGUUAGAAGAAUACACAAUGCAUUAUAAUAGCAGAAAAGUAAACUGUACAUUACAAUGUUAGAGAAGUAACAGUGGUACAGUGGUAGUGAACUAAACUACAUUGAUGGUAGAAGUGAACUCAGCUGGCUAUAGAGGAUGCCACAGUGGUUGAAUGAAUACUAGUGCUACUCUUUUGAUGCAGGGGAAACUGUAGACACACUUCAGCCCAUGGUACUUACAUGCGUCAAUUCAUGAACAGGACUGGAUUGGGAUGUCUUCAAACUCUGGUUCGCUGUCUUUCAUGUCACUUGCUAAUAAUUUUAUCUACGCUCAAAUCAAUAUAUAAAUGAAAAUGCUAAAGAAGGAAGCAUACUAAGAAGUGUACAUGUGUACAUUAUUGCUGUGUCUGGUGCUUAUAAAUAAAACAAAAAUAAAGGUAAAA